AUGUGUGCGAAUAAAUCUUCCGACAAAUGAUGCAUAUUUUGGGCUAUUAAUUUUUUUGGUGGAUGAAACCAAAAGGGUGAGCCAAAAUUAAAUUUGCCAUGAGCUGAGCAUCGAGGAUUAUGAGAUUCUGGUGAGGAAAUAAGCUGUUAUGAUAGUUUGAGGAUACUAUGAAAGAAAUUGACCAGAUUGAAGAUAAAACUAUGGUAA